AAACUCAAGAUUCUAGCUCUAUUAUUCGAUACCCUCUUCAAGAGGUUUGCCGGCAAGAUAAUAUACAAACUAAUGGCUUAGAAAUUAUUGAUGAUUACCCAAAGAUAUAUGUAACUCGACUUACUGGAAAUAAAAAAAAACAAUAUCUAUACAAAAUUUUACAUCUUG